UUUGGCCACUAUGUGACGGCCUGCUUACGUUCUGACUUCUAACAGAUGAGCUUGGAGCUAUGGCAGAUGAUGAUUUGGCCAAGGCCAUUGCAUUAUCCAUGCAAGAAACCAACACUUCGCGGCUGGUGCGGCACGAGAUCCCAGCGGACAACUCAUGCCUUUUCAAUUCGGUGGCCUACGCGCUGAAUGAUAGCGGCGAUGACAAAGCCUCGGAGCUGCGGGGCAUGGUGGCGGGACUGGUGCUCUCUGACCCAGAAACGUGGACAGAGGCCAUGUUGGGAAAGCCACCGGAAGAGUACGCAGAUUGGAUACAGGAUAGCGAGCAUUGGGGCGGUGGCAUCGAGCUGGCCAUUUUGGCGACGUCCCACGAGAUGGAGAUUGCGGCCGUAGACAUCCAGACACUGCGGGUGAGCGUGUUCGGCGAAGGUCAAGGCUUCCGCCGGCGUGCCCUGUUGAUCUACGACGGCAUUCACUAUGAUGUGCUGGUGCGCCGUGGCCCCUCAGGAGAGGAAAGGCUCUUCGGGGUCGAUGACCUGGCAGCCGUUGAGGAAGCAAAGGCAGUAGCCAAGGAGGCGCAAAUAGCUCGCAACUUCACUGACGUUGGGCGUUUCACCUUGCGCUGUGUGAGCUGUCAGAAGGGCCUCGUUGGACAACAAGACGCCGUGGAACAUGCCAAGGCUACUGGAUACAUUAAUUUCACAGAAUAUUGAUAUUGAUUGGAAUGACGAAAUUGGGCAAAGAUACCCAAAAUUUGGAAAUAGAAUCUAUUUCCCUUUCGACGAUGG